UCGCAGUGAUGCUGCUCGCGGCCGUGUGGAGGUGGAGAGAGAGGCUGCCCGCUGCCCAAUGACAGCGCAGGAUGCUGAGAGAGGCUGUUCGGCUUGAAUGGAGGCGACAAGAUGCCGUCCAGAGCGACCAAGGAGACCAAUUGACAACUGAAAAGAUCUGACAUUGAUGUGACCUAACCCACCCAUUCAGACAUGAAAUAAGUCAUCCAUGUUUGGUUGAAAAAAGUCAGAGCAGUCUCAUUUGAGCACGCCCCUGUUAAAGGACCCUCUGGUGGCUACUCCUCUGAAUCACAGGGACAUGUACGGCAGUGCCAGAGCUGUAGGUCAUGUAGAGAGCAGCCCUGUACGGUCCCCGCGCCUUCCAAGGUCCCCCAGACUGGGCCAUCGAAGGGCACACAGUGGGAGCGGGGGUAGUGCAGGGGGCAAGACCCUCUCCAUGGAGAACAUCCAAUCACUCAACGCUGCCUAUGCUACUUCAGGGCCCAUGUACCUGAGUGACCACGAGGGCGUGGGCUCCACUGCCACCUACCCAAAGGGAACCAUGACUCUGGGUCGCGCCACCAGCCGGGCCAUGUACGGGGGUCGCGUCACAGCCAUGGGCAGCAGCCCCAAUAUUGCUUCAGUGGGGCUGCCUCAUGCUGACCUUCUGUCUUACAGUGACCUGGGCUCCCUCUCCAUGCUGCACGCCCACCACCACCAGGGGGUGCCCUCGGCUCUGCUCAGGCAGGCCGUGCGGGGCAGUGGUGGCGAGCUGCUGGAGAUGCAGGCCCAGCUCAGGGAGAUGCAGAGGGAGAAUGAGAUUCUGCGGCGAGAGCUUGACCUGAAGGAGAGUAAGUUGGGAUCUUCCACCAACAGCAUCAAGAGCUUCUGGAGCCCAGAGCUGAAGAAGGAGAGGAUCAUGAGGAAAGAGGAGGCGGCUCGAACGUCCAUUCUGAAAGAGCAGAUGAGAGUCACUCAUGAGGAGAAUCAGCAUCUCCAAAUGACCAUCCAGGCUCUGCAGGAUGAGCUACGCACACAGCGAGACCUCAACCACCUGCUUCAGCAGGAGAGCGGAAACCGAUCUGGCUCGGAGCAUUUCACCACCAUCGAGCUGACAGAGGAGAACUUCCGCCGGCUGCAAGCCGAGCACGACAGGCAGGCCAAGGAGCUCUUCCUGCUUAGAAAAACCCUGGAGGAGAUGGAGCUAAGAAUAGAGACCCAGAAACAAACACUCGGUGCCAGGGACGAGUCCAUUAAGAAGCUGCUGGAGAUGCUGCAGAGUAAAGGGCUGCCUCCUGGGCCGGGCAGGGUGACCGAAGAGGAAGAGCAGGAAAGAGCCAGGCGCAUUGCUGAGGCCGAGGCCCAACUCGGACACCUGGAAGUAAUUCUGGAUCAGAAGGAGAAGGAAAACAUCCAUCUGCGAGAGGAACUACACAGAAGAAAUCAGCUUCAUCAGGAUCCAAGCAAAACCAAGGCCUUGCAGACCAUCAUAGAGAUGAAAGAUACCAAAAUUGCCUCUCUGGAGCGCAACAUUCGAGAUCUGGAGGAUGAGAUCCAGAUGCUGAAGGCAAACAGCUUACUAAACACAGAGGAUCGAGAGGAGGAAAUCAAACAGAUGGAGGUCUACAAGAACCACUCCAAGUUUAUGAAGACUAAGAUUGACCAACUGAAGCAGGAGCUGUCAAAGAAAGAGUCGGAGCUGCUGGCUCUGCAAACAAAGCUGGAGACCCUCAACAACCAGAACUCGGACUGCAAACAGCAUAUCGAAGUGCUUAAAGAGUCUCUCACUGCCAAAGAGCAACGUGCUGCCAUUCUCCAAACAGAGGUCGAUGCUCUACGUCUGCGUCUGGAGGAAAAAGAGUCCUUUCUGAACAAGAAAACUAAGCAGCUGCAGGACCUGACAGAGGAGAAGGGAACUCUCGCUGGAGAGAUCAGGGACAUGAAGGACAUGCUGGAGGUUAAAGAAAGGAAGAUUAAUGUCCUACAGAAAAAGAUUGAGAACCUGCAGGAGCAGCUGAGAGACAAAGAGAAGCAGCUGGGAAACCUGAAGGACAGAAUCAAGUCUCUGCAGACCGACUCCAGUAACACAGACACUGCCCUGGCCACCCUGGAGGAGGCGCUCUCAGAGAAGGAGAGAAUUAUUGAGCGAUUAAAGGACCAAAGAGAGAGAGAAGACAGAGAACGUCUGGAAGAAGUGGAUUCCUAUAAGAAGGAGAACAAAGAGCUGAAGGAGAAGGUCAACAACCUGCAGAUAGAGUUAACAGAGAAGGAGUCUAGUCUCAUCGAUCUCAAAGAACAUGCAUCAUCCCUGGCAUCUUCUGGCCUCAAGAAGGACUCAAAGCUCAAGUCCCUGGAAAUCGCCAUCGAGCAGAAAAAAGAGGAGUGUAGUAAGUUGGAGACGCAGUUGCAAAAGAAAGCUCAUGAGGUGGAGCAGCAGCACUCGGGCCCCCGAGGAAACCCAGAGUACGUGGACCGAGUAAAGCUUCUGGAAAAGGAAGUGAGCUAUUACAAAGACGAGGCAAGCAAGUCUCAGUCGGAAGUGGAGAGGCUUCUGGACAUCCUGAGAGAGGUGGAGACCGAGAAGAAUGACAAGGACAAAAAGAUUGCUGAGCUGGAAAGCCCCCCAUCCACUGCCCCUCGCCAUACUCCUCGUUCUGGAGGCAGAGCUCCCCCUGACCCACUCCCUUCUGUGUCUGCCGCCCCUCAGCAGAUAGGGGGCAUGGUCUGGGAUUUCCUGGGAAAUUUAGCUCCAAGGCAAGGAGGUAAAGAUCAGAUCAAGAAGGGUUCCAACAUCAAACUGGGACUACAAGGGGACAAGAAAGGCUUAGGGCAAGAUCCUCGCAAGGAAGGCUCUUUAGAAAGUGGUCACCACUUAAAGCUGGAGGAACUGAUGAGCACGUUGGAAAGGACAAGACAGGAGCUGGAUGCCACCAAGCAACGUCUCUCCUCCACACAGCAGUCUUUACAGGAGAGGGACACCCAUCUUACUAACAUGAGACAAGAGCGCAGGAAGCAGCUGGAGGAGAUCCUGGAAAUGAAACAACAAGCUCUGCUGGCAGCCAUCAGUGAAAAAGACGCUAACAUAGCAUUACUCGAACUAUCUGCCUCCAAUAAAAAGAAGACCCAGGAGGAGGUGCUGGCCCUGAAAAGAGAGCGGGACAAACUGAUGCACCAACUCAAACAACACACACAAAGCAGAAUGAAGCUGAUAGCUGACAACUAUGAGGAUGAGCAGUAUCAUCCACAUGCUCCUCACCACCAGCCGCAGCCUCCACAUGCCCAGACUCAGCCUCAGCCCCAAUACCCCCAUCCUCCCCAUGCUCAGCAGUCUCCUUAUCCACACGCCACACACCCCCAACACCCACAGCACUUGCAACACCCACAAGCCCCGGCACAGCACCCGCAUCCACAGCAACCGCAGCCCCAGUAUCCUCAACACACACAACACCCGCAGCACCCACAACACCCUCAGCAUCCUCAGCACUCUCAGCAUCCUCAGCACUCUCAACCACUUCCUCAGCACCAACAGCAUCCACGUCCCCCACAGCCACAGCACCCGCACCAACAGCACCCACAGCAUGUGCAGCAGCACCCACAUGGACAUCCGGCUCCACAGCACCCUCACCCCCAACACCCACAUGGCCCUCCCCCCCAAGGACCUCACCCACAGCAUUCCCACCCGCAGCAUCCCUCAGCACCCUCAACAUCCCCAACAUCCACACCACGCCCAGCAUCCUCGUCACCCCUCACCUCAUCAUCGUGGAGGGCCGGCCCGUGGACCGCCACAUGCAGGUCACCGUCCCUCUCCAGACCAGGAUGACGAGGAGGGCAUUUGGGCAUAGCUGAGACAACCAAAGCUCUAAUGUUGUUUUGAGGGGAGAUUCAGUCACUACUGGAGGAGCAUGGCCAUCCCAAGAUGUUGAAACACCACCCAAAUAAACAUUUAUCACCUUCAGUGAAUCAGUACUUCUGAGCAGUGGGACCUUUAUUUGUUUGUUUUUUUGUUUGUUUUUUACUUUUGUCUUUUGUUCUGUUAAGUUUUGCACAUUUCUUUCUGAGGAACAGGAGGCGGUACUCAGGUUUUCAGGUCCUGCAUGAAGACUGGCAGCUGAGCAGGUGAGGUGAGGGCUUCGCUUUGCGUGAAUAGGAAGACCAUCCUCCACAGUGUUCACAAAUCAUCUAAAAUGAUGCGCUGAUGGAGACACAGAAGACAAAUUGCUGCUUUAACGGACAUGACUACCACAGUAACCCUGCAGCAGAGGUGUCACAGAAGUCACCUCACCUGUCUGUCACCUGCUGAAUAACCCCUCUUCAUCCUCAUAACAGAGAAUUUUUGAUUCUGCCAGUAAAGUUUUUUUUUUCAUCAAACCACAUCAUUUGUUUUAAAAUGGUUGUUAUUUUGUUGACUGUUAAAGUCAAGCUCUGACUGGCUUCUAGGCCUGACGCUCAUCCUCACUGCCCUCCUGACUCACCUAGUGACAUCUGACCCCUCCACGUAUCGCUAACAAUCCUCGGAGCGUCUUCUGGUAUCUUUUACAUCCAGACAAGUUGUAUUUAUCUUCGAGGUCUCGUGUUACGCAUUUCUUCCUAUUAUGAUGUCUAUCUUGACUAGCAUGUCAUCAACACAUUUAAGUCACUUUAGGUUUUCUGUUGCCAUUUUUUGUUGGCACAAGGAAGCACUUUUUGUUCACCUAUGGAGCGCCUUGAGUGUACUUUCCUGCAGUGUUUCCUUUGCUGCACAAACCUCUGGUUUUGGGGUCUCAUUUUUGCCUCAAAGUAGUGGCUCUCCUCAGCAUUUUUUUUUUCUUCGCAUUACCUCAUUUUAGUCAGAGAUAGUAAAAGAAAAAUCAGUCUAUGCAGAUAUCAACAUAGAGAUAAUGCAUUUUUAUUUUUUCCAUGUAUGUUUGAAUUAAUUCUAAUAGUAUUUGACCAAUCAGAGCUGCCAAGAGAGUGGUCAGAAGAUAUUCAUUAGAUUCUUUUGAUUUUCUGCGACUAUGCACCUCCUCUGUGUUGGCAGGAACUUUCACUAAUGGUGCUUCUGCUGGUGCUCAAACUAAAUGGUGUCAGAAGAGCUAAUCAGAGCAUCUUUUAGUCCUUUUACAGUAGAGGGACUUGGUCCCACAAUGGGCUUCAUAAGCAACAGUACAAGACUGCUUUGUAUAUAUACUGGUUAAAAUUUGGGGGUGAGGGGUCCUUUGUGAACAACGAUUAAACAUUUUCUCCAAAUCUACUGGCUGCCAUUAGCCUCAGAAGAGACUGUGACGCUAAGUAGACGUUUUCUCUGCAGAUCUAAGUGGUUCCAGUGACACCCCAGUUUCUCGAUGAGUCCUCUCCCCUCUCCUUCAUAAUCUUCCAGCAGUAGCCUGUGUGACCUCCCCACACAUAGUGACUUGUUUUCUCCUACUCAACAAGGUGGCCUGUGCCUCGUAAAAUCUGUACACAAAAAAUAGAUAUGCAUAUAUUAUACAUAUAGAGAGAAAUCUAUAGAGUGUGUCUAUAUGUGAUCAAAAAUGUUUAAAACUAAUAAGAUAUAGUAUAUGGGUUUGUUUUUUUUUCCUUUAUGGUUAUUUUUCUAACUGGCUCGAGGUCAGAGAUACUUUAUUUAAGAGUGCUGAUGGAUGAAAUUUUCCUCAGAUUUGUACGCUGUGAUAAAACCCUUCAGCAACUUAACAUUCCCUGUCUGAAAAUACAGACCAAUCCAGACAAAGAAAAAACAUAAAAUAUAUUAAAUAAGGUUCAGAGCGGCAGUUUAUGGGAAAGUGUGUCCAAAUUUAUCUAGCUGUCUAGAAAAGAUGCCAAUAUUACAUUCCUUUAAAGGGAUAGUUGGGAGUUUUUGAGGAGGGGUUCUGUGUGAUUUAUAUCAGCAGUUGGACAUUUUGCUUCAAAUGUAGUUUACUGAACAAUUUCAGUUUAGAUGAAAGGAAAUUAUUUCCCACUGUAGAGUCAAGAUGACAACAGAUCAGAUUGGAUCCAGUUCCAUAGAACCUGUUCUGCUCUCUCAAAUUAACUUUCAGCAGUAUGUGCACUUUCUUAUCAAUCUGUGCACUUUCUUAUCAAUCUUUGCAUUAACAUUGCUUUUAUAGUAGAUAUGGGACAAUAGUUUACAUGAACGUUUUUUGGUAUAUAUACAGCGAGCUCUGUUUCCCUGAGGUUCAUUAAUGAUGACAUUGCAAUUAUGUUUGUUAAAAUGCAAACAAACA